AUGAACUUCUCAAACUUACUUAUCACAAUUUUCGCUUUCGUUGCUGCUAUCGCUUUCGCAGCCCCAGUCCCAAAGUCUGAUGGACAAGUCUUUGACAUUACAAAGCGCGGUCUCAUCUCUGGAAUAGGAUCCUUCUUUGCUGUCGGUUUGGGUGCAUGUGGUGCACAAUCAGCACCAUCAGACAUGGUUAUCGCCCUUCCUACCGUCCAAUAUGGUAACGGAGAGAACUGCUACAAGCAUUACACAGUCACUAACACCAAGACUGGUCAAGUAGUUGACGCAACAGCAGUUGACCAAUGUCCUACUUGUACAGACAACCAAAUCGAUUUAAGCGAAGGUCUUUUCAGCCAACUCACCAAUGGCAACAUGGACCAAGGUUUAUGUGAAUUAACAUGGACCGAGGCCUAA